AUGCCUGCACUUUCUCCGACUAUGACGGAGGGAACUAUCGUCUCAUGGAAGAAACAGGAAGGGCAGAAAUAUUCGGCUGGCGAGGUAUUAUUAGAAAUUGAAUCGGACAAGGCGCAAAUUGAAGUAGAAGCUCCAGAGGACGGUCUCCUCGCAAAGAUUCUGAUACCUGGUGGACAGAAAUGCGCUGUUGG